UCUCCGUGGGAAUUAUUCAGGCGAAAUGUUCUACCUGGUGUCUUAUGGAGGGUGUUCGUCGAAAUUCUAUUCUGCAAUCACACGCCGUUGCACGCGUUCAUCCAAUAACUUGCACCGUUUACGCGUACAAGGACACGUAUUCGGAGAGUGGGAGUACAUUGAUUUUCAGCUAAAGAAAAGAAAAACCCCAGAAUCUUCAGUAUUCUCUAGGCUCUUCAAAGACAAUGCGAACUCCAUGCUGUUGUUUGGUGGAGUGACGCAAAAUGCAAUGUCAGCGCCUCAUAUCUUCGGUAUCUGGAGAUUAGACCUCUUGUCGUUGAUCUGGACAGAGGUGAAGACCAACUUCAACAUCUUAAAAACAUAUGGUGAGGAACUAAUGGUAGUCAACAACCAGGCAGUGCAGAGGAGGUUCAUUAUUUAUUUGCCACGCAAGGGAACAAUAAUUAUUUGCGAUGUGCGGCGAAGCAUCGCCAGAUGUGCAAAGCCAGUAACUCCAAAACACUUGGUGGCCUCGACUCAUCUUCAGUUUAUUAACUACCAAAUUUCGUCUGGACUUAGCCUCGUCUUUUUCGUUGGAAGAACAUAUAAUAUCAUAUCGACUAGCGUGUAUGAAAUGCUCAGAGGGACUACAGCAAUUCAACGAAUGGAGUCAGCCGAAAUUUAUGUGUCAAAGCAUUUCCUUGGUUCCUUUGCGAAGAAAGUUCCCGGCGUCCUAGUACCGCCCAGUUCCUUUGGCAAGCUGAGAUACGUGUUCUUUGGAGCGGAAACACCUAUACCAUCCAGUGAAAGUGCCAUGGCUAUAUGGAUAUUGCACAACGUACCUGGGUCCAGGACCGAUUUUGUCUACACACUGCUCUACCCAAGCCCAGCGCCUCCUAUCGCUCAACGCAAAUGUCAUACCGUAACUUUGGUGGCAAACGACACAGCAAUCCUGUACGGAGGCUCUAGUCAUGUUGCCAGUAAGUCCUCACCUACUGGUACUGUGGAAAAGACCGACCCAAAUCCCUGGUGCUAUUCUUUGCAGAUACACGCUUGGAAGAAAAGUAAUGUCACUGCGUCUAGUUUCCCGUCUCCCCGAACACAGCACAUAGCAUUCCAAUACAACUCAACCACCAUUGUCGUGCACGGUGGACUAGUCAUCAAAGGGUUUCGCAACUAUGCUUUAGGUGAUUUGUGGAUGUUCGUCCUUGACGAUGCGGAGCGCUGUUGGGGAAGGUGGCAUAACCUGACAGCUCAUGUCAAGACCGGCAAACUACCAAUACAACAUGGUCAUUCAGUAACACCUGCUGAAAAUGGAGUAUUUCUCUACGGAGGAGAGUUUCAAUCACCUUCCAUACUUACCUUCCUUGCCGUACUUUCACCAAGCCAAGUGGUAGUCCAGCCUAUUCCGAUUAGCCCCAGCAUUCCAAAUCGCUGGGACCAUAGUCUUUCAUAUUUCAGCAAUGAUUUGAUUCUACUGGGUGGCAUGCACAAGAUUGGUCGCACUCAGAUGGAGGCAGAUUGGGCUCUGCUGAUGUCCGUGCAAACAAAUGAAACUUCUUCCGUGGUCACCUGGACAAAAUUCUUUGAAGUCAAAAUCUGGUCACAUACUGUGCUUGGAGAUAUGAUUUUUGGUGGUUUCAGACUCCCUGUCAAUGAUAUUUUCAAAGUCAGCAUUCUCAACACCACAGGAUUGUGUCCUUUUGGACAUGGACGGGAUCGACACAAUGCAUGCCAUCCAUGUGCCAUUGGGUAUUACUCAGCCACUCUUCAACAGAAAUGUACAAAAUGCAACCAAACACUGACAACCAGCAAUGUGGCAUCCAGUCAUUGUGUACCCGAGGACCCGUGCAAGCCACACAUCUGUAAUCAUGGUGACUGUAUCGUCGACGAGGUCAACUUCAAACAUAUCUGUGUAUGCCAAUUCGGAUAUAUUCCCGAUGAUGACUGCAAGACACCAUCCAUCUACCUGGCCUUGAUGGCAGCUCUUGCUUUCACGUCCACUCUAACUAUACUCACCAUUGCUCUCAUUCAGUUAUUGAGGAAGAGAAGAGCCCUCAAUGCCAAGGAAAUUGAAUUAGUCAACACCAACCGUGACCUCUACCGUUCCAACCGAAAACUCAGUCAAAUUGAUCAUGGAACAUGCAUUGCCUGGUCGGAUCUGAAGAUCAAGAAACAACUAGCUACUGGGAGAUUCAGCGAAGUAUUCCUGGCAGAGUUAGGCGACAUGGCUGUUGUGGUUAAACGACUUCCAAAAUUUGUUGCCACUCCGUCACCUUACGAUUCCUUUAUCCGAGAAGCUGAAGUUCUUCGAACAUUACGGCACCUCAAUAUUGUCAUGUUCUUGGGAGCAGGAAAAGACAAAAUAUCUGGCCGGCCAUUUCUAGUGAUGGAAUAUUUACGACGAGGCUCACUCUACGAUGUUAUCCACGAUGAAUGCAAGAUUAUUGAACACAUCGAUCGUCUCCGCUUUUCCCUGGAUGCUGCACGCGGAAUCAAGUACCUGCACAGUACAAGUCCUCCAAGAAUUCAUCGUGAUAUCAAGUCAGCCAACAUGCUGGUCAGUGAUAAAUGGGUGGUGAAAGUAGCUGACAUGGAGACAACACGAUUUCUUGCUAUCCUACAAGCUAACACUGAUCCAAAGGAGACCUCGCCCAGUGCUGCGAACGGAGAAAUGGAUCGUCCUACACGUACUACAUCCUUCACAAGCCAGGAAUCUGAUCUGCUGACAACACCCCUUCUAGCUACCACAGUGCUCAGUGAUGACAGCCGUGGUAUAACUCCCGGCCAGGACAGGCACAGAGACACAGAGGGUAUGACAUCACGUAUCGGAAUGACGUGUGGAGUAGGCACUGAUCGCUGGAGAUCACCUGAAUCUAUCAAGAAGAAUCUCUACACGGAGAAACACGAUGUUUACAGCUUUGGCGUGGUGAUGUGGGAGCUGAGCACUCGUCAGAUACCAUAUGGACAUCUCCACAACUCAGAUGAUGUACUUGAUGAAAUUGCACGUGGUAGCAAACUGAUCUUUCCACCCAGCAUCCGCUAUGCAUAUCGUCAUCUUGCUGAACAGUGCAUCAAGACGGAUCUUGAAGAACGACCAUCUAUGCAUCGCGUAGUCCACGAGUUGACCUCACAAUUGGAUUCCAUUUGAAUUGAACCAGCACCAGUACGGAUGUUUGCAGUCCAGGAGUGCACCUCGCAACCAGAUUCCAUCUGAAUCUCACAAGGUGCAUUGGGUCUUCAACAAGCGCGCACCAUGGCUUUUCGCGUAUCGUGGUGACGAUCGGGCAUCCUGACAGGACACACGAACUUAGCAAGGUACACAAAAUCACAAAGUAACUUAGGUUUAGCCACUUCAUCCAACCUUGACUGACAACCGUGUAUUUCUGUUGAAGUGGAGGUAACUCUCAUUAUGCAUGCUAUAAGAUCAGAUCCAAUUAGUUACGAUAAUUCUGGACUACUGUAUUUGCAUGCCUCACAUGCCAUCCCCGUCCCCUUUUCUCUCGCACGGAAUCAUGGAUCUUUGAAUGUCACUAUCAUUAUCACAGAAAAAGGACAUGUACAUAGAGAACGCCUCUCAGCGUAUUUAGUUGUUAUUUCGGUACCUAACAUGUGGCUUUGACUUUGGCAUUAGCCUUAUUAGGCAUAUUACUCCACUGUUGCAUGUUGCCAUAUUUGAAAUGUUGGGUAGUUGUUGUUUUUUGUUGUUUUCUUUAUUUGAAUUCGCUAAAACCAGACGGACAAAACUGUCCAGUGACAAG